CGUCAAACAGAUCCGCCUUCUUCCUUCUUAUUAUCAUCACUCCCUAAAUCGAAGGAAACCUCUCUGAGAGAAAAAAGGAUCUCUGCUAGCCGAAGAACACGCACAUCACGCACCAUGGGGAGUAACGAAGCCGAAUCUUCGAACUCGAAAGGGACGAAGAGAGAUUUUAGCACUGCGAUUCUGGAGAAGAAGAAGUCUCCUAAUCGGCUCAUUGUGGAUGAGGCGAUCAACGACGACAACUCCGUAGUGGCUCUUCACCCUAACACUAUGGAGAAGCUCCAGCUCUUCCGCGGUGACACUAUUUUGAUCAAGGGUAAGAAAAGAAAGGAUACAAUCUGUGUUUCCCUUGUUGAUGACACAUGUGAAGAACCUAAGAUUAGGAUGAACAAGGUUGUUAGGAACAAUCUCAGAGUCAGGCUUGGAGAUGUUGUUUCUGUCCACCAGUGUCCUGAUGUCAAGUAUGGUAAACGUGUGCACAUUCUUCCCGUGGACGAUACAGUUGAAGGAGUUACUGGGAAUCUCUUUGAUGUUUACUUGAAACCAUAUUUCCUUGAGUCCUACAGGCCAGUGAGGAAGGGUGACCUCUUCCUUGUCAGGGGUGGGAUGAGGAGUGUUGAGUUCAAAAUCAUUGAGACUGACCCCGGGGAAUACUGUGUUGUCGCCCCUGACACUGAAAUAUUCUGUGAGGGUGAACCUAUAAGAAGGGAAGAUGAGGACCGGUUGGACGAGAUUGGUUAUGAUGAUGUCGGUGGGGUCCGUAGACAGAUGGCUCAGAUAAGGGAACUCGUUGAGCUACCAUUAAGGCAUCCACAGCUCUUCAAGUCAAUUGGAGUUAAGCCCCCAAAAGGAAUCCUUCUAUACGGGCCUCCCGGGUCGGGAAAGACUCUAAUAGCUAGGGCAGUUGCGAAUGAGACUGGUGCAUUCUUCUUUUGCAUUAACGGGCCAGAAAUAAUGUCAAAACUCGCGGGAGAAAGCGAAAGCAAUCUUAGGAAAGCGUUUGAGGAAGCUGAGAAGAACGCACCCUCAAUCAUUUUUAUUGAUGAGAUUGAUUCUAUUGCUCCCAAACGUGAGAAGACGAAUGGGGAAGUUGAAAGGAGGAUUGUUUCUCAGCUAUUGACACUUAUGGAUGGGCUGAAAUCCCGUGCACAUGUCAUCGUCAUGGGGGCCACCAACAGGCCCAAUAGCAUUGAUCCCGCUCUGAGGCGGUUUGGGAGAUUUGAUAGGGAAAUUGACAUUGGUGUCCCCGAUGAAGUUGGACGUCUUGAGGUUCUUAGGAUACAUACCAAGAACAUGAAGCUUGCGGAAGAUGUUGAUUUGGAAAAAAUUGGGAAGGGAACACAUGGUUAUGUUGGUGCAGAUUUAGCAGCAUUGUGUACUGAGGCGGCUCUUCAGUGCAUCAGAGAGAAGAUGGAUGUGAUUGAUUUGGAAGAUGAAACCAUAGAUGCAGAAAUUCUGAACUCAAUGGCUGUUACCAAUGAACAUUUCCAAACUGCUCUUGGAACCAGCAACCCCUCUGCGUUGCGCGAAACUGUUGUUGAGGUUCCAACUACCUCCUGGGAAGAUAUUGGUGGUCUGGAAAAUGUCAAGCGGGAACUCCAAGAGACUGUGCAAUAUCCAGUGGAGCAUCCGGAGAAGUUUGAGAAGUUUGGAAUGUCUCCCUCAAAGGGUGUCUUGUUCUAUGGCCCACCAGGGUGCGGGAAAACUCUCUUGGCGAAGGCUAUUGCCAAUGAAUGUCAGGCAAAUUUCAUCAGCAUCAAAGGUCCGGAACUGCUCACUAUGUGGUUUGGGGAGAGUGAGGCCAACGUUAGAGAGAUCUUCGACAAGCAUCCGGAGAAGUUUGAGAAGUUUGGAAUGUCUCCCUCAAAGGGUGUCUUGUUCUAUGGCCCACCAGGGUGCGGGAAAACUCUCUUGGCGAAGGCUAUUGCCAAUGAAUGUCAGGCAAAUUUCAUCAGCAUCAAAGGUCCGGAACUGCUCACUAUGUGGUUUGGGGAGAGUGAGGCCAACGUUAGAGAGAUCUUCGACAAGGCUCGCCAAUCUGCUCCUUGUGUCCUAUUCUUUGAUGAACUGGACUCAAUUGCCACACAGAGAGGAUCUUCGUCAGGAGAUGCUGGUGGGGCUGCAGACCGGGUUUUGAAUCAACUCCUCACAGAAAUGGACGGAAUGAAUGCGAAGAAGACAGUUUUCAUAAUCGGUGCCACAAACAGGCCCGACAUAAUCGACCCCGCCCUUCUUCGUCCUGGUCGUCUGGACCAGCUGAUUUACAUUCCUCUCCCUGAUCAAGAAUCUCGUCUCCAGAUUUUCAAGUCCUGCCUGAGGAAGUCUCCAGUCUCCAAGGAUGUUGAUCUAAGAGCUCUUGCCCAAUACACUCAAGGCUUCAGUGGAGCUGACAUUACAGAAAUCUGCCAGCGUUCUUGCAAAUAUGCCAUUAGAGAGAACAUCGAAAAGGACCUUGAGAGGGAAAGGAAGAGGAGGGAGAAUCCGGAGGCUAUGGAGGAGGACGUGGAGGACGAGGUGGCGGAGAUAAAGGCCGCUCACUUUGAAGAAUCAAUGAAGUACGCGCGGCGGAGCGUGAGCGAUGCUGAUAUCAGAAAGUACCAAGCCUUCGCUCAAACUCUGCAGCAGUCUCGGGGCUUCGGCACCGAGUUCAAGUUCUCAGAUGCCGCCCCAGCGGCGGCGGCACCGGCCGCCGACCCUUUUGCAACUUCAGCCGCCGGAGGGGCUGAUGAUGAUGACCUAUACAGUUGAAGAUUUUUCAUCGUUUGCGCCAUUGCUUCUUCUUCUUUUACACAAUUAUUGAACCAGUUUGUGUUUUAUUUUGCUGGGCUUUCUUAUCUUUUGCUUUUCUGCAAUUGUAAUUCAUUUUAAAACAGUUAAGUUAACAUUGUUUAAAAAUGUUUUAGAGUUUAUACUUGAGAAAGUACUGUAUGUUUCAAAACAGCUGUAAUCUAUUUUCUGCAAUU